AGCAGGCACGUGAUGAAUUGCUCAAGAAAAAAGCGGGCACGUGACGCCACCAUCCAUCCCCAGUUCCCCCUCUUCCACACCUCUGCGGCCGUUUAGCCAACGCGAGGCGCCGCCGGCGACGGCGAUGCAGGCGGCGGCCUCUUGUCGGGGCGCGGCAGCCUACCGCCGCGCUUGCCACUCUCCCCCGCGCCCUCCCGUUCCCUCUCUUCUUCUACCCAUCCGCGUCGGCGUCGGACGUUUCUCCGACGCGGCGGUUCCGCUCCGCCUCCGAUUCGGCUCCCCGCCCCACCCUCGGGCUCGCGGCGGCGGUGGCGAUUUCGCGCGCCUGGAUGCCAGGAACGGGGAGGCGUGGCAGCUGACGCGCGCGCUCGCGCUCAUCCUUCCCGAUCUCCAGAAAACGGCGCAUGCCAGCCUGCUGAAAACUGCUGUUCUUUCAACAAUGUCGAUGCUCAUAAUGCCUCUUGAGGCAUCAGCGGAGACAUGCCAACCGACUAGUUCUUUUGCCAAUAUGCCCAUUUUUAUUGCUGUCGCUCUAAUAGGAGCUGCUGUGGGUGGAUUAUUAGCACGGCAAAGAAAGGACGAACUGAAGCGAUUGAACAAUCAACUUCGUCAGAUUAAUACUGCUCUUAGGAGGCAGGCGCAGAUUGAGUCGUUUGCUCCCGGUCUUACUUAUGCGCCUGUAGGGAGAACAGGAGAAACUGAGGUCAUUGUUGAUCCCAGGAAGCAGCAGUUGGCUGUAAAUUUGAAAAACGGGAAGAAUUAUAUGAGGAAUCAGGACCUUGAUAAGGCGGUAACGGAGUUCAAGAUAGCUCUGGAGCUUGCAGAAAGCAUAGGGGAUCGCUUUGAGGAGAAGAAAGCUGUGCGAGGAUUAGGCGCAUCACUGCAAAGGUUGGGACAGUACAGAGAAGCAAUGAGCUGGUACUACAGGGUCCUGGCGCUAUCAAAGGAAACCGGCGAGGAUUCUGGCUGCACCGAGGCCUACGGCGCGAUAGCCGACUGCUGCGCCGAUCUCGGCGAUUUGGAGGGAGCAGCGAGGUUGUAUGACGAGUACAUAUCAAGGCUGCAGCCCCGCGAUUGAGCGCUCGGGCGUUCUUGGUGAGCAAACACUCGGCUUCUUCCUACUUACUGAUCAUCAUGCCAGAGCCCGUCAGUCGCCCUGCUUCUGAUGUCAAAGAUUGCUUGCUUGCUAUCUGGCGGAAAAUGAGCCGAUUUUGCUUGUCUUUUAACUUGGCUGGAGGCACUUGAACUGUCCAUUAGGUGGCCCUCUCUACUUCUACUCGUGUAUAUAAAUCGCGAUGGUGCUACGGCAUGUGCGGGUUCAGAGUUCUGUAUGCAGGAUUGGCGAUCCAUCUUGUUGAAAUUUUCCUUGAAUUGGGAUUGGCGACCCAUCUUCUUGUUGAAA